AUGCUUCAAGAAAACUUGCUUCUUGCGUGCAUUGUGGUCUUUCUGGCGUUCUUCCGCCUAUGCCUGGCCUUAGGAAUGUCCGUUCCUCCCGUUCAGAUUGGAGAUCGAAGAAGAUACUCUUCCCUUGACAACUUACUAAAUUGCGUCGGCUACAGCACGAUGAAAGACGACAUCAUCAUCGUCCGCGUGAAAAGCGGCGACAGACAGAUCUCCCAGCUGUUGAACUUGCAUGUGUUUGACAGUGAGGGCAAUCAACUUCGUACUUUGCAUGAUACCGCCGGCGAACAAAUGUUUAUGUUUACCAACUUGAACAAUCCUACGCAGCUCAAUGACGAGAGCCCUGAAAAGCUCAUAAAUCGGAAAGACACAGGUAACUCCUAUAGUGACUUGCUAUCGCCAAAUCAGGGCAAGUCGUAUGUGUACAUUUGUUUUGAUAACAUCUACACUGACAAGUCUUGGAGUUUCCAGAAACAGCAUCGCGAUGUGUCGUUCCAAAUUUUAAUCCGGAACAUGACCACUUUGAAAGAAACAAACUAUAAUACUCUUGCCAAGCAUUUCAAUCUCAAAAACCUUGAUGAGGUCGACCUUAAUAACAAUGACGAGUUUGUGAUGGAUUUCACAGAAACAGAUUUUGAAAAUGCCAUGAACUCUUUGCAUUCGGAAUUGCAGCAUGUUCUCAAUGAACUUAAAUUGGCCGAGAACAACAUCAACACUCUUGUUGACCAUCAGAAACUCUUGAGAAACGCAAAUGAAACCAUUUUCGAAUCUUACACGAAGUCAUGGCUUCUCCUCAUCAUUUGCAUUUGUGCCUUCAGUGUAAUCCAGCUAAUUUACUACAAAUGCUACUUGACCAGAAGGAAGAUUAUAUGA